UAUGUGUGUUAGUUCAGUAAACAUGCAUGUUUAUGCUUAUCACCUGUCGCAUUUGGAUAUUUUCUAACAAUAUGUCAUUUAAUGCAGUAGAUGUUUGCAUUUACGGAUGUUUUACCGAAGUAUCAAAGUGAAGUGAUAAAUACAAAUUUGCUUCUAUACAAUGAUUGUACUGAAAUAGGCUUUUUGAUUUACAUACAGAAAUCCACUGAUUAACAUAAACGAAUCAACUGAUUUACAUGUAGGACUUCAUGGAAUUUCAUAAAGGUCUCAACUAUCAAAACACGUGCAAAGAAGUUCGUGUAGGUGCCGGGAAUAGAAUAACAAAAAACUUGGAAAGAGCCUGCUUGUUAUCGGGAUGAUUUUUAUUGGAUUUCCAAAGUUGUUCCUUAGUAAAUACUGUAGUAUUCCUGAUAAAAGUGUUAAAAGUUGGUAAACAUCGCAAGUUUAUGUGUGUGAAGUGUAAAGAGUAACAAAUAAGUAUACUUACGAAUUAUUAUACUUAAAUUUAAAAAUCGUAGGUGUACUAUACACCAAAAUUCAAAAGCAAAGGGUUUAUCAACAAAUCUUGGACAUUAUGAUACACAAAAUCUUGUUGAAAACGUAGUACACGGAAAGUGCACAGCGAGUGAAAGACAGCAUUGAAGGUUCCGACAUCAUGACUUUGUGACAUCUCCUUUGAAUCAGUAAGCAUGUGUACUUGAGAAUUUAUAUUGCAAAUAUAUGAGGGCACAAUAAUUGACAAUGAGUCGACGAGCAAGCUUGUAUGCCAAACAGAAUCCGGAAGGAAAGAAGGCCAAAGGUGUGCGGUUCUCUGACGAACUAGUGUUUCUGGACAAUAUCAAAGAGAAUGACGUCACAGCUCUUAGUCACAUGUUGCGACGAGCUAGUCUUCAGGUGGACAUUAGUGGAAUUAAUGACGCAGGUCUUACCCCUCUUCAUCAGGCGGUUCUUGACGGGAACGAGGCUGCAGUGAGACUCCUGGUGACCCAUGGAGCUGACGUUAACAAACAGGACGAGGAUUCGUGGACGCCUCUACACGCUGCGUGCGCAGAGGGGCAUGCCGAUAUUGUUCAAUUUCUUAUAGAAAACGGUGCAGACAAAAGCAUACUAACAGCAGAAGGGGAGAGACCUUUAGAUCUCGUGGACCCGUCCGACAUGAACACAAUACGUGUAAUGUUUAGCAACAUUCAACCAGAUAGCAACAACCAAUCAGAAGACGAGCUAGAUACUGACGUCACAGAACCAACUACUGAAUAGCGACGUUUGAGUUAGUAAUGCAGUGUACAAUGUGAUUAGAGGAAAUGCAGCUAUCAACGACAACACUUUUUCAUUAAAUGGUGCCAAGUGUUGUCAUUUGAAAAGUAGUAAUGAUUAUUAGCUCAUCACAUGUCAUUUGUUAAACGGGUAUACAUACAUU